CUUUCCUUCUAAUUCUUCCGAUUUGGGGGGGAAGGGGAGAGCGGAGAGAGACGGCAAUGGGUUCAUCUCGCGGGCGAUCUUUGGUCCUCUUCACCCUCUCGACUCUCCUCUUGGUUUCCAUCGCCGGCGGGUUCCAGUCCGACGAGUUGCUGCAGGAUGAUGAGGAGUUCGGGCUCGAGGGAGGGCGGCCGGCCGCCGAUCCCGCUCUCUCGACCCCUACUCGCCCCCCGAUCCGCCGAAGACCCGAUCCCGAUCUGCUCUCCGGGUCGCCCGAUUCUAAGUCGGUGCAGUUCUCUUUGGAGCAUCAGUUCGGGGGCUCCGGGUUCUUCCCCGCCGGAACUUUCACAGCCCGCCUCAAGUCGUGGAGCCAUGGUGGACAGACUCUGACCAAGCUUCGGUUUUCGAGGAAUGCACUUACAGAGGAAGAAAAGGGAGCUUUUGAAAGGCUUUUGAAAGAAGAUGGUUAUUAUACGAUCAGAGUACCAUCUAAUGUGUUGACUGCUCCGGGAAGAGAUUUUGUCGUUUCAUCAGUCAGAGCUAGGUGCAUUCCCCGGGAGAGUUUGGAUGAGCAUUUUAUCAUUCAUACUGAUGGUGUGAACAUCGUGGCAGUAAAUUAUGGUUCUGCUGGAGCUUGCCAGUAUCCACGAAUGCUCAAAUAUCCUGCAAAGUGGUCUUUCACAUCAUUUACGGUUUUGAAGAAUAGCGAGCAAGCUCCAAGAACUCCAACAUUUGCUGAAGAAUUGCUUGCCGGAGAGGAUGGACUUGGUGAGGGUGUAAAGCCACCUGAAAAAUCCUUUUGGGCUAAAUAUUGGAUGUAUUUAAUUCCUCUCGUCUUCAUCGUGCUGAAUGCAAUGACCCAAGCCAUGAACAUGCCAGAGGAACAGACUGCUGGGCAAUCUACUCAAGCACAGCGGGCACCAAGCACCACCGUUCGAAGACGAUGAUAGGUUCAUUAGUGAAAGCAGGUGAAUACAACAUAUACAGCCGCCAAACUGCCAGGAAGAGCAGCUGAGGUGUCUUAUUUGCCGGGCGAAUCGUAGCUUGUUCCUGAACUUGAUCAACAUAAAACAUUGCCUUCUUUUGUACUUUUGUACCUCUGCGACCCACAAGGUAGGAUUUCAUGCAGUGUGAAUUCAUGGUCAUAGGAUGUUUGAAACACAUUCGUAUUUGCUAUGCAAAGUUUUGGCUAUCGCAUCUCUCUA